CUUCAAAACCCCCGACCUCCAACUCCGUUCUUCCUCGCCAUCAGCAAUGGCUUCUCCGGUGACCCAAGCUCCACCCCUCCUCCUCCUCCUCCUCCUCUUCGUCUUCCUCCUCACCUCCUCCAUCUCCGCCUGGAAGAAGGACGAGUUCCGCAACUGCAACCAGACCCCCUUCUGCAAGCGCGCUCGCUUCCGCAAACCCCAUUCCCUCCCGCCUUUCACCGUAUCCGACGUAUCCCUCUCCGAUGGUGGCCUCUCCGCCCGUCUCGUAUCCUCUGAGGUCCCCCGACCCCUCCUCCUCCACCUCUCCGUCUACCAUGGCGGCAUCCUCCGCCUCAAGAUCGACGAGGAUUCCUCCACAGAUCCACCCUCCCGUCAACGAUUUCAGGUUCCCGACGUUCUCCUCUCCGAUCUUAACGAUCGGCGCCUCUGGCUCUCCCGCCUUUCCUCCUCCUCGCCGGGCUUCUCCUCCUUCUACCUCGCCGAUGGCUUCGAGGCCGUUCUCCGCCACGAUCCCUUCGAGCUCUCCAUCCGUCGCACUGGAUCGGGCUCCGAUCCGACUCAAGAUCGUAUCCUUUCUCUCAAUUCUCAUGGGCUCUUUGAUUUCGAACAGCUUCGGAGCAAGAACGAUGGGGAGGAGUGGGAGGAGAGGUUUAGAAGUCACACCGAUUCCCGUCCCUAUGGUCCCCAGUCAAUCACCCUUGAUGUCUCUUUCUAUGAUGCUGAUUUCGUCUAUGGGAUUCCAGAGCAUGCUUCUACUUCUCUUGCUCUUCGUCCGACGAGAGGUCCUGGUGUUGAUGAUUCGGAACCUUACAGGUUGUUCAAUCUUGAUGUGUUUGAGUACAUUCACGAGUCUCCGUUCGGCCUCUAUGGAUCAAUUCCAUUCAUGAUCUCUCACGGUGAACGAUCCUCAGCUGGAUUCUUUUGGCUUAACUCUGCUGAAAUGCAGAUUGAUGUUCUUGCCCCUGGAUGGGAUGAUCCUGAAUCCCCGGUUAAUGGUCGGAUUGAUACUUUGUGGAUGAGUGAGGCUGGUAUUGUUGAUGCCUUCUUUUUUGUUGGUCCUGGGCCGAAGGAUGUGAUACGGCAGUACACUAGCUUGACGGGGACACCCUCAAUGCCGCCAGAGUUUGCCAUUGCUUACCAUCAGUGCCGCUGGAACUACCGGGAUGAGGAGGAUGUUGCUGCAGUUGAUGCAGGUUUUGAUGAGCAUGACAUCCCAUAUGAUGUGCUAUGGCUCGACAUUGAGCACACAGAUGGAAAGAGGUACUUCACUUGGGACAGGACUUUGUUCCCCACUCCGGAAGAGAUGCAGAAGAAGCUGGCUGACAAGGGGAGGAAAAUGGUGACUAUUGUUGACCCACACAUCAAGAGGGAUGAUUCAUAUUUUAUACACAAGGAGGCUACUGAGAAGGGGUAUUAUGUAAAGGACGCUAGCGGAAAGGAUUAUGAUGGAUGGUGCUGGCCGGGUUCGUCGUCCUACCUUGAUAUGUUGAAUCCAGAGAUACGGGAGUGGUGGGCUGAGAAGUUUUCCCUGGAGAACUACAAGGGUUCCACCCCCACAUUGUAUAUUUGGAAUGAUAUGAAUGAGCCUUCUGUCUUCAAUGGCCCUGAGGUAACAAUGCCUAGGGAUGCUGUACAUUAUGGGGGUGUGGAACACAGAGAAGUGCAUAAUGCUAAUGGAUACUUCUUCCAUAUGGCAACUGCUAAUGGGCUUUUAAAGCGUGGCGGUGGAAAAGUUAGGCCUUUUGUUCUUUCAAGGGCUUUCUUUGCUGGAAGUCAAAGGUAUGGAGCAGUGUGGACUGGAGACAAUUCUGCAGAUUGGGAUCAGCUCAGAGUUUCUGUUCCAAUGACAGUAACUCUUGGCCUUACUGGCAUAGCUUUCUCUGGUGCGGAUGUUGGUGGGUUUUUUGGCAACCCAGAAACAGAGCUAUUGGUGCGUUGGUAUCAAGUUGGUGCUUACUAUCCUUUCUUCAGAGGUCAUGCCCAUCAUGAUACCAAAAGGCGGGAGCCUUGGCUUUUCGGGGAACGGAACACUGCUUUAAUGCGAGAGGCAAUACGCACACGAUACAGCUUGCUACCAUACUACUAUACACUGUUCAGAGAGGCAAGUGUUAGUGGUGUCCCGGUUAUGCGGCCUUUGUGGCUGGAAUUUCCUGAUGAUAAAGAAGCAUAUAAUAAUGCUGAUGCUUUCAUGAUUGGAUCAAGCCUUUUAGUCCAGGGUAUUUAUGAAGAGAAGCAAAAAACUGUGUCAGUUUAUUUGCCUGGCAAAAAACAGUCUUGGUAUAACCUGAAAAGUGGUGUUGCAUUUGCUGCUGGUAUGACUCAUAAACUGGAAGUAUCAGAAGAUGGCAUACCCAGUUUCCAGAGGGCUGGAACUAUUAUUCCCAGAAGAGACAGAUUCAGGCGAAGUUCAAGUCAAAUGGUGAAUGAUCCCUACACUCUGGUGAUUGCUUUGAAUAGCUCUCUUGCUGCCGAAGGGGAUCUUUAUGUUGAUGAUGGGAAAAGCUAUGACUUUGAGCAAGGAGCCUACAUCCAUCGCCGUUUUAUCUUCUAUAAUGGUAAGUUAUCUUCAUCAAGCAUCCGGCCUUCCAAUGCAGGUGAGAAAAAGUUCUCAUCAGAUUGUGUCAUCGAGAGAAUCAUAUUUCUGGGGUUACCAAACGGGCCGAAAAGAGCUCUCAUUGAAACAGAAAACCGUGAAACUGACAUAGAACCAGGCCCCCUUGUUCUUCGCUCCGGAUCAAGCCCAAGAGCCCUUGUUGUACGAAAACCAAAUUUGCGCAUCGCCGAUGACUGGACUCUCAAAAUUUUUUAGAUCAUGACCCACAUCGAAGAGCCUCCAUGACACUUUUUGACGCCCUUCAAGUCAGAUCUCAGCUUAUUUAAACUUCUUCAUUUUAACCCUUAAAACCUUUUUCCUUAAUUAAGGGUUUAAGGGCACUCAUUAACUAUUUUAGUGUUUCUAUUGAUAGACUAGAUGAGGCCUAUGCAUAUCACUAUUUGCCAAUGUUGUAAUUUGCAGUGCUUUUUAGAUCAAAAUUUGGAUCGGCCGCUAUGCUUUCAUGAGUAGUGUGAUAUUUGUAUAAGAUAAAGUUAUCAGAUUAAUUUUACUCAUGAAAAUUAUCAGCUGAGAUAACUUGAAUGGUCAUUAUUCAUUUGGAAAGUUUAUUUGAUGUGUUCUAUGUA